AUGGCUCAGCCCGCAGGGACCCGCCGUGGGGGGCGGCCUGGGCGCGGCGUGGGGGGGUCUCUGCUGCCGGUGUUUGUGUCUGGGUUGUCAUCGGUCACGGCCGCCGCAGAGACAGGCUGGGAGCCGGGGGUGCGGCGGGAGGGGAGGAGCGGGGCUGGGGCGAAGCGUGAACUCACCGAGGGACCACCUUCCUUCCUAAGGCUCUGGCACCAGCUCACCCUGCAAGUUCUGGACUUUGUUCAGGACCCUUGCUUCGCCCAAGGAGAUGGACUCAUCAAGCUGUACGAGAACUUCAUCAGUGAGUUUGAGCACAGGGUGAACCCCUUGUCCCUGGUAGAGAUCAUCCUCCAUGUAGUCAGGCAGAUGACAGAUCCCAAUGUGGCCCUUACUUUUCUGGAAAAGACUCGAGAAAAGGUGAAAAGCAGUGAUGAAGCUGUCAUUUUGUGUAAAACAGCCAUCGGGGCGCUCAAGCUGAACAUCGGGGACCUGCAGGUCACCAAGGAGACCAUUGAGGAGGUGGAGGAGAUGUUGAACAAUCUCCCGGGGGUGACUUCGGUUCACAGCCGCUUCUACGAUCUCUCCAGCAAGUACUACCAGACCAUUGGGAACCACGCCUCCUACUACAAGGACGCGCUGCGGUUUCUGGGCUGCAUCGAUGUUAAAGAUCUGCCGGUAUCGGAGCAGCAGGAGAGAGCCUUUACCCUGGGACUGGCCGGGCUCCUGGGAGAAGGUGUCUAUAACUUCGGGGAGCUGCUCAUGCACCCUGUGCUGGAGUCCCUGCGAAACACCGACCGGCAGUGGCUCAUUGACACCCUUUAUGCCUUCAACAGCGGUAACGUAGAGACCUUCCAGGCUCUGAAGUCGGCUUGGGGCCAGCAGCCAGAUCUGGCUGCAAAUGAAGCACUUCUGCUGCAAAAGAUUCAGCUGUUAUGUCUUAUGGAGAUGACUUUCACCCGCCCGGCCAAUCACAGACAGCUCACUUUUGAGGAGAUUGCCAAGAGUGCCAAAGUCACUGUGAAUGAGGUGGAACUGCUGGUGAUGAAGGCUCUCUCUGUGGGGUUGGUGAAGGGCAGUAUUGACGAGGUCGAUAAGAAGGUGCACAUGACGUGGGUACAGCCACGGGUGCUGGAUUUACAACAGAUCAAGGGGAUGAAGGACCGCCUGGAGUUCUGGUGCACGGACGUGCGGAGCAUGGAGAUGUUGGUGGAGCACCAGGCCCACGACAUCCUGACAUAGAGGACCUCGGGCUGCCCCCGGGAGAGCGGUUCCUCAGACCACGGACUCUGUGCGCAAUCUGUUGGGGGGUGGGCAGAGGGGGGAGCAGCUUCGUGACCUUGUUGGGAGGAGUAAGUGGCCUUUUGCUGUGCGACCCUUUGGUGCUUGGAGUCAAGCUUUCCCUACGCGCUCGCGGCAGUGGCACCCACCCGGGGGCUCCCGUCCCGCUCCUUAUGGAGGACAGAGGCUCCUCUGCGUCUCCUUCUCCGGCCUCUGUUGGGGGAUGCGACGCGGCUGUGCGUCACCGCGGCGGGGGGAGCAGAAACUCCUGCACGGGAACACGCUGGAGAGGUGCCUGACCAAGGUGUGGAGUUAAUUAGUGGUAAUUGGCCUUAGGAGGGCACGACCUUCCCCAGGCACCUCUCUGCCUGCCCCACAGCAGCCCAAGGCAGCGUUACUCAAAUCAUUUCUCCUCUCGCCCUCUUCCUCCACGUCCCCUCCUCCUCAUCCGCAGUAGAGGGAGUGUUUACUCCAUCAAAGGGUUUUUCUGGGAUUGCCGUUUAGUGGAUGUGGUUUUUAUAUACUUUUGGGGGCGGUUGUCUUUUACGAACACUUUGUGCUGAAGCGAGGCGCAGCAGCGUUGCUGGAAUAAACUUCUCUGCCUUCCCUUUUCUGUA